GCCAUGCUGCGACAGUAGAGAAAGGACAGGCGGACGUACACAACAACUUGCUUGGGAAAACCAUGGAUUGCAAAAGAUGCCUCUUGUUUACCUUGGUUGGUUUGAGUUCAGUUAUCACUCUUGCCUCAGCAGUGAACAACCGUCCCAUUAUUGGUGUCCUGUCCCAAGUUAGAUCCGAUCACUUUAAACAAUUUGGUGAAGCCUGGCUUGCUGCCGCGUAUGUGAAAUUGUUGGAGUCGGCUGGAGCAAGAGUCGUUCCAAUUUUAGUCGACCAGCCGGAUGAGUACUAUCAGAAGAUGUUUAAUUCAUUGAAUGGAGUGGUGUUACCUGGUGGUGGACAACCAGAUAUAAUGAACUCUUCAUAUGGCAAGGCAGGAAGACUGUUCUAUGAAAUGUCCAUUAAGAGCUUUGAUGAAAAUGAAGAUUAUUUUCUGGUGUGGGGGGAGUGUUUGGGCAUACAGCUCUUGACGAUGAUAACGGCCGAGGAAGAUCUCCUAACAGACACUGAUGGAGACCCUGUAUCAUUAGCUCUUUCAUUUGAAAAAGAUUUCCGAAAAAGCAAGUUGUACAGUGCAGCACCUGAGUCCAUCAUCAACACUUUGAAAACGAAAGUAAAUUUAAACCAUCAUAAGCACAGCCUGACACCAACAAAUUUCAGCAAGAAUGCAGCUCUUACAGGAUUUUAUCAAGUUCUCACUACCAGUUCGGAUAUAAGUGGGAUUGAAUUCAUCUCUUCAUUAGAGGCCUACAAGUAUCCUAUCUAUGGACUAGCCUUCCAUCCAGAGAAAAACUGCUUUGAGUGGACAUUUGAUUGUAUCGACCACUCCGAAGAUGUGAUAAAAGUCACUCAGUACUUUGCAAACUUCAUUGUGUCUGAAGCUCGUAAAAGCAACCAUGCUUUCAGUAGCGAGGCUGAAGCUAACUCCUUCCUCAUCUACCAAUACACUCCUGUCUACACCGGUAAUUUAACAAUUUUCGAGCAGAUAUACUUCUUCAAUCCUUAGGAGAAAGCUUCCUAAAUUCAUCAAAAGAUAAGACAAAACCAGUGCCAUAUUUCAUAACCAGGGCGCUCUUCAUCAUGGUGGCUGUGUUUAUUUAGCUCUAAUCAUGCCUUUUUUACACUUGUUUUGGCAAGUUUUUAACAGUAUUUAUGCACCAUUGUGAUCUGUUGUUUGUCUACGCUAUUUGGACUACCUUUGGUGGUUUUAUCUGCAAUAUUUGCCGUGAUGUCUAUGGAUUUAGAACUGAUGGUAAGCCCCCAUUGUCGUUAUGUUAUUCAACCAUCUUUGCACACUUAUUUUGGGGAUAUGUGUGCUCUUGCUUGUACACCAGGGAUCAACAGUUGGACUCAAAUAUCACUGCCACUUAUAUGAUGAUUCAGAUGUCAUCACCCCUCUUGUUAUUGCUGUAGUUUCAGCACAAUAUGAGCACCAACUUGAAACUCACUAUGAAAAUUCACUGUUUUCAUGGUCACCCUAUAAGUCGAUACUCCAAUUCCACAAGUACUUUUCAUAUCGACCAUUGCUUUGUGACAUGUCAGUUAUCUUGCAUGGAGGAUUACCCUGAGUGGUAAUAUUCAUGCCAAUCCAGGCCCUGAGGAUCAAAAGGGCUUGAACUUCCCCCCUUCAUCAAUCCCUGAGUCUGGUCAACAACUAAUUGGUACAUCUAACAAACAUGUCUCUGGUUCAAUGCAAGGAGUCUCAGGAAUAAGCUGAACGAAUUGCGUUUGCUUUUAGAAACUACUGCACCUGAUAUUCUCGGUAUUACAGAAAUAUGGCUGACAUCUGAUGAUGUAUUUUAGUUGACCCUAUCUGUCAACAAUAUGAAUAUGUCACAUUUAGAUGUGAUCGCAACUCUGCCCGCGGAGGUGGAGGUGUUCUGAUAGGUGUCAAGGCCUGCCUGAGUCCACGCCACCUCCCUGAACUUGAACAUACUGAUCUGGAAUU